AGAGUGAAUGUGGAUUUGAAGCCAAUACUUAGCAUUCAUGUAGCUUUGCAAUAUAUUGCUAAGUACGCAAGUAAGGCAGAACCACGAUCUACUGCUUUUUUAGAAAUAUUUAAUCAGAUACUUCGAGAUAACUGA